AGAGCGGCGGCGGCGCCAUGGAGGAGGCGCAGCGGCGGGCGCUGCGGCGCGCGCGGGCGCGGCUCGUGGCGGCGCUGCGGGUGGAGCCGCUCUGGGACGCGCUGGAGGACCGCGGGGUCUUCACCCGCGCCAUGGUCGAGGAGCUGCAGAGCGCCGGCAGCCGAGGAGAGCAGGCCCGGCAGCUGGUCAUCGAUCUGGAGACUCGAGGAAAACAGGCUUUUCCCAUAUUUCUCUCCAUCCUGCGGGACACUGGGCAGGGCGGCCUCGCGGAUGUGCUGAUUGAGGAGUGCCAGUGCCCAGCGGCGCCACCGCAGCCUAUAGACCUGAGGCCUGUCGAGCUGGACUUACGUGGAGAAAAACAUAAUAAAAAUGUGAACUUCCCUGAACGUUUGUCCAUCCCAGUCCAAGCUGAGAGCGAAAGACCUCGAAUACCUCCCGUGCCACCCCGGGGUUCGGCUGUCGACAAGAGGAACCGCGAUCUGGUUUACGAGCUGAAAGCGGACCCGUGCGGACACUGCCUGAUCAUCAACAACAUCAACUUCAGUAGAGACUCGAAUCUGUCGGCUCGAGACGGCUCCGACGUGGACUGCGAGAAGCUGGAGAAGCGCUUCAAGGCUUUUCGCUUCGACGUCCUGACUCGGCGGGAUCUGAAAGCUCAGGAAAUGGUUUCAGAGCUGCAGAAGCUGGUGCGGCGGGACCACAGCGCCUUGGACUGCUGCGUCGUGGUCAUCCUUUCCCACGGUUGCCAGACGAGCCAUAUUCAGUUUCCUGGAGGCAUUUACGGAACGGAUGGAAAACCCAUUCCAAUAGAAAAGAUUGUGAACUAUUUCAAUGGGUCCAAUUGUCCGAGUUUGAGAGGAAAACCCAAACUCUUCUUCAUCCAGGCCUGUGGUGGAGAACAAAUUGAUCGAGGCUUUGUAGUGGACUGUGAUUCACCCGACAACGAAACUCCUGGAGGUUCUUUGGAGUCGGACGCGACUCCUUUUCAGACUCCGCUGGGUAAUGUGGACGAGCCGGAUGCCGUAGCCAGUUUGCCCACACCCAGCGACAUCUUGGUCUCCUAUUCAACUUUCCCAGGUUUUGUCUCCUGGAGGGAGGUGUCGAGCGGCUCGUGGUAUGUGGAAACACUGGACUACGUGCUGGAGCAAUAUGCCCAUUCGGAAGACCUGCUGAACAUGUUACUGCGGGUGGCAAACGCCGUCUCUGCCAAGGGGAGGUACAAGCAGAUCCCAGGCUGUUUCAACUUUCUCCGGAAAAAGUUCUUCUUUGCGUGCAAAUGACGUGUGGGCUCCGAGGUCCCUGCCAAGCACGAGAGUUACUUCACUGCAGCCAGGUGAAAUCUGUGCCCGCCGUGACUCGGCCUUGACGCUCCUGGUGGCCUUUGUCUGUCGAGAUGUUUGUCUUGAGAAAUGUAAUCUGUGAAUUCUGUCCUUGCUGUGAAAUAGAGGUGAGAUGGAGACUGGCACUGUGCUGGUGGGAAGCGUUGGGGAUGGAGCAGGGAGCCCCUGUGCCGGCCCGGAGCCUCCACGCUGGUGGAGGAGAGCACCUCCAGCUCACCAUGACACGGCAGCACUCAACCUCCAAGUACUUUUUUUUGGUGAUUGCGAUGUUUGUGUCCUUUGCUGCCGGGAUAACUGAUUGGUGGAAUCAGGGUCUGGCAUUUAAGAGGAAUGGAAUGAUUUUUGCAAUUGAUAUUUCUCAUUUUCAAUAAAACACAAUAAAAAAGGAAAAAAAAAA